GCAGUUGACAGCGUCGGUUCGUGGAUCAGCGAUCAGCGAUCGUGGAUCGAGAUUUUUUUGGCCCGCCGCGCUCGCCAAGGUUAAUUAGCCCAGAUCCGAGAUCCGAGAUCCGAGAUCGAGUUCGAGAUUACAGAGCGACAGAGAGCGAAGAUCACCAUCUAGUGAUGUCGUUUUUUCGCAAUAUACGCUCCUCCCUCUCCUCGUCAUCGCGGGCCAAGAGUUCCCGCUCCUCAUCCCGCGACACGACACCGGUACGCGCGGCAUCCCGUCCGGGCAGCGUGAUCAGCGGUGUGGGCUCCGUGGGAGUCACCAGUCGCCGGGACUCCACUACCAGCUCGACUCUGCAGCGCGGGGAUACCUUUAUAAUGCCCAAUUCGGAGGAGGAGGCGGGUCCUGCAUCGAACACCUCCACUCUGGAGAAGAAGUCGAAGAAGUCCAAGGUCUUCAGUAAAUUCAGCACCUUCACCAAGCGCAAGAAAACUCCGUCGCCCGAGGAAGUGGCCAGCUAUGAGCACCAUCCCAGUGACACGGCCACGAACACGUACUACAAGUGGCGCAGUGAUGGAGCGGACCGUCUGCAGGAUUACGAUGCUCAGGCGGAUCCGUUCAACUUCCUCUACGAGCAACACUCCAAUCUGAGGGCUCUGCAAACGGGUGAACCCAGUGGUGUGCAUCGACAGGCCAGCAUUGGUUCCAACUCCAGUGGCAGCUUUGAUUCAUCCACCUACCGUAAGAGCAAAACUCCCACGCAUCUGCGAGAGCAGCUGGAGCAGCUCAAGACCCACUCCAACGACGAUCUGCUGGAGGAUCAGCAGCGGGAGGAGGAUGAGCGCGAGAAGUACAAGACAGUCACCAUAAAUAGCUUUAGGAAAUCCUUCAGGGAUCGCUUGCUGCAGCAGCAGAAGGAAACGCCCCACAAUCCCGCCUGGUUUGUGGAGGUUCCCGCCCAGCCCACGUCCACGAAACCACUGGAACGUCGCGAAUCCAAGGAGAACCGACCGGAUUUCCUGGUCUUCGACAAUGAUAACUACCGUCCGCAAUCGCGUUCUCCUCUCCGGGAUCGUCCCUCCCGUUCCGCCACCCGGUCUCCGGUUAAACGAAACGAGACUUUCCGUGUCACACAUCCUUCAGUGCGUCACAUGUCGCCAUCGCCAUCGCCGGCACCCACACCUGCUCCCUCCAUUCGCAUCGAGAUCAAGAACUCCAUUUCACCGCAUUCUCCCGGCAGAUUUGUGCCCGUGGGCGUGGCCAAGCCCAUGCCCACCACCGAGUACUAUGCCCAAAGACUGCUGGCCAAUAGAAGCAGCAUGAUCCCCAGCCCAAGUCAAAACCAGGGCUCUCGAUGGUAUCGCCAGCAGACCAGCUCACCCACCCGCUUGAGUGUGGGUCACCAGCAGCAGCUCCACCACCAGCAGCAGCAGGUCAACCACCUCAGCCAGCAGCAAAAGGGAGGACGCACCCUGGUGCACAUAGGAUCCGAGCAGAGCAAGUUGGCUUUGACGCCACCAACCCGAGGAAGGGCGCCCACGAGGGUCCAGCUCUAUGGCAGUAAGCCACAGAGUCGGCCACAGCCAACGACCUACUUUGGCGGCCACUACAAUGCACCUGCUAAGCCCAGCCCGCGAUCAUCCUCCACUGGUGGACCCACCGUCUUUCUGGAGCGUCGCGAACCACCAAUGACACGUGCCACCACCAACAACAGAAGCGUCGCCAACAGCACCACCGCCCACAUUGCCGCCCCCAUGCCACGACGCAACCGAUCGCCGAUCAAAAUGCCCUGGCGGUAGGCGUUAACCGAAUAUAUAUAUAGAUAUAUAUGGAUAUAUAUGUGUAUAUCAUAUUGCCAAUGGAGAAUCAAGAAUGAGUGGAUGACAUGUAUAGCAGUUCUUUCCAAAGUGACAAAGUCGCAGAAGUUGCGUCAUUAUCAGAGCUGGGAGCUCAGCUUUGCAAACGUUGUUUUCGCCCCUCGAUAUUGGGCAAAUAAAUGAUUUAUGUAUCCCCCAUCAGACCGAACAAUCCGUAUCGUGUGUUGUGAAUUUUUUCUACGUAAAAUUAUUGUUAAGCAAAUAAAAAAUAAACGACAAACAGAUAAUGCAAAAUGUGAGACUCAACGGGGAAUUUUUGUACAAUUAAAUGGCUUCAGCGAACCCGAAAAAGCACUCGCGACUUCUAGUAUAAAGUGUUAACUGUCAGUUUUGAGUUGCCCCCAAAAAGAGUGCUCUGAACUUGCUAGAUAUGAGUGCUAUAAAAGUAUUGUAUUGUAACAGAUGGAUGGAUAGGCGGCAAGCAUAUAGCUAUGAGUCUCUAUGACUAACGUGCAUAAAAAUGAGCGAACGUUACGUGACAAGCAUUUAAUAUGGUCACUCGAUUGGUCCGAUGGGCGGGGUGCGGAGAUUCUCUAGUUGGAACGCCGAUGAUGAGCUCUUGGCCAUAUUUGGGUUGGGAAUAUGUAUUCGUACUCGCAGGCAAAUUAUGGAACAAAGUGCCUUUCCCCAAGCCAAAUAGCCAGAACACAAGGCGCUGGUGAUGUCAGCCGUUUAUCUAUGCGCUUCUCCGGAUUUUCACAUUACGGAUGCAACCAAACAGACAUACAAAUUCUUAUUCUAAAUUGGUUAUCGCCGCAGAAAAGGAAGCAUUUAUCAACAGAUGCUUUCUAUGCGCUUCUCAAAAGGUUUACCUAAGCAAAGCUCCAUAGCAGAGAAAUACUUGGGAAAUACAAAUAUAA